AUGGAAGAUAUAUAUUACUACGUACCAUCUAGUCAACGUUCUCAACAGGUACCCCCAAAAUUACAACCACUAACACACAGUAAUAAUCAAUUACAACAACCACAAUCACAACCGAAUCAAAUGUUGACAUAUUACUCUCCAAUGUCAAAUGUUAUGAUUCUUCCUCAACAACAAGAUUUUACAUCACAAUUCAGAAACUCUCAAUCACAUCCUCAAUUAUAUCAUUAUCCUCAAUUAGUAUAUAAUAAUCAAAUGAUCAAUCCAAGAUAUACUAAUUCAAAUGUUUCUGUAUAUAAUCCAAUGAUAGCUCAAUCACAAAUGAUUAAAGAUAUACAACAACCAUUAAAUAAUAGUCCUGACAGGAUUCAUCAUACUACUGGCGGUACAUACAAUGAUGAAAAUAUUAGUCCCACAACAGUAUUACAAAAUAAUAUACCAAUUGUGACAUUACCACCAUUAUCAUCAUUAGUCUCACAAAUUAAACCAACUUCUCAAUCUUGUCCAGAUAUUUCCACAUUGAUGUCUGAAUCUAAGUCAUCAAUUACUACUAUGAAUGCUAAUAAUAUAAAAGAUUUUACACCAACUAUAGCGUCAAAUUCGUCAUCAUCACCAUCAUCAUCUGGAAUUACAAACAAUAGUCAAAUUAAUCAAAGAAAUUGCAUUCCUUACAUAUUAACGUCAACCGUUCAACCAAAUUUACAGAAUGUCAAUAAUAAUAAUAAUAAUAAUAAUAAUAAUAAUUCAGAAAUUAAUUUAUCAUUAAACUUAAAAAACCAAAAUUAUCCGUCAUUAAACCCAAAUCUAUUAAUAAAACGAUCUUCUCCACCAAAUUUUACAACUUUUUCACCAAAACAGGAAGAAGCUAUCAAAUUGAAACAGCUUUCCCCAACAAUAAUGCCAACAAAAAUGUCAAAUGACAAUUUACAAAAUUUAAUAUUUAAAAAUGAAAUUAAUGUCAUGGAACUUACUGGCAACAAACAAAUCAAGCGUAAAUCACCUUCACAACAAAGGAAACAAUGUCCAAUUUGUGGUAAAAUAUGUUCGAGGCCAUCAACUCUAAAAACUCAUUUCCUAAUCCAUACAGGUGAUAAUCCUUUUAAAUGUUCCUGGAUAGGUUGUAAAAAAAGUUUUAAUGUCAAGAGUAAUAUGUUGAGACAUUUAAAGUCGCAUCAACAUAAACUAGAAAAACUUGCCAAGAAACAAGCCGAUCUACUAAAUAAACAAAAGUCCAAAAGCUUAGAGAGUACGAAAGGUAAAAAAGUCACAAAGAAAGUUUAA